AUGGGUUUGGCACAGUUUUCUGUCAUUUUACAAUUCCCAGAGUCUAAUGAAAUGAAUGGCAAGGAGUUAGCUAAACUACUUUAUAGCUUUCUUUCAAAGGAGAAUAAAAGCUCCAACAAGACCGCAGCGCACAUCAUUAAUACUUACUUGGAAGUAUUGACAUUCUUAAAACGUUUUUUACUUCUUAGUUUGAUAGGAUAUUCAUUGAAAAGUCUCAUUUUACUUAAUCAUUUGCAACGAUGUGGCUUAGAAACAUUUCAAACACAACCAUCAUCCAUCACGCAUGGAACGUCAAUUACAAAGUUGUUCAAAAUACCAACAUGCAUGUGUAAAGGAGCUUUGACUGCUUCGCAACACAACAUCGUAGAAGAGUGA